AUGGAUCCACUACGAAACAAGCGUGCUGAACAGCGUUCAUAUGGUCAUGACCACUGGGUACUCAAGAAGAAGCAAGACUGUACGGAAGCAGUAAUCGGAAUCCAACAACCCAGCAAAAUGCGGAUCGGGUUGGUCAAUACGGAGGAUCCUAGCUUGGAUCGAGAGUUAUUCUAUGACCGGGGUUUUGGAGAGCCAUUUGACUGGAACGACACGAGUGAUCUCUCGCUCUUAAAUGAGUGGAGACAGGAAACGUUUCGCAAGUACACCAAGAGAAACAUGGCACAGAUGAAGGAUACAACGGUGGUCACAGUGACCGAGGAUCGGGGUACCCAAGAGACUAGAUCGAGUCAAGGACAGGAAUCGGAUGGUUUUGGCGAUCAGCUUCUCGCUAUGAUAAGCCAUAGAAAAGAAAUUGAGGCAUUUCAUGUUCAAAAACGCAGAUCAGCACGCCUUACAACACAAAAACCGGUAUCCAGUCGAUCCAGUCGUCGCCAGAAACUAACCAAUCCACAAAAAAUUAUCGAAUUCCCCCCCAUUGACUUUGACAAGGUUGCUAGUCUAAUACCAGAGCAACAUCAGCGUCGUCAAAGGGUCCAGCACAGGUACUGGAAAAUGACCUCUGGCCUCAUUGAGAGGUCUUUCGACUUUCCAGAUCGGGAAAUCGGAACUGUUUACAAUCUUUGA